AUGAGUGAGAAAGUAGAGAGCCCGACGGUCCAGGAGGUCCCGGAGGAUGCACCGAUUGCCCGGGUUGUCGACUGGAGCCCCGAGGAGGAGAAACGGGCGAAGCGCAAACUGGACUUGAUCAUUAUGCCCAUCUUGACUCUUGGGUUCUUCUGUCUCCAGCUCGACCGCGGCAACAUGGCCAACGCCAUCACCGACAACUUCAUGAAGGACGUCAGAAUCAACCAGGAUCAGUUCAACGUUGGCCAGCAGAUGCUCUCUCUCGGCAUCGUCCUCACCGAAAUCCCCGCCAACAUGAUUCUCUACCGCGUCGGCCCCGGCAAGUGGUUGACCCUGCAGCUCUUCCUGUUCGGCAUCGUCAGCACCUUUCAGGCCUUUCAGCGCGGCUACGGCGCAUUCGUCGCGACGCGCUUCCUGCUCGGCAUCACUGAAUCUGGCUUCAUCCCCGGCGGCCUCUGGACGCUUUCUACGUGGUACACGCGCACCGAGACGGCUAAGCGCGUCAUGAUCUUUUACUUUGGCAACCAGAUCGGUCAGGCCUCCGCCAAGCUCCUGGCGUUUGGCAUCCUUCACAUGCGCGGCGUCGGUGGCCAGCCCGGCUGGUUCUGGCUGUUUGCGCUCAUGGGCGCGUUUACGGUGUGCUGCGGCCUCAUCUUUGGCUUCUGCUUACCCGACUCGUUUCGCAACCCGCACAGCACGUUUUUGCCGCGGUACUCGUGGUUCACGGAGCGCGAGAUUCACAUUCUGCAAACGCGCGUCUUGAUUGACGAUCCGAUGAAGGGCCAGAAGAAGAAGAAGAUUCCUCUCGGCGCUUUCAAGAGAGCGGCAAGUGGCAUGACCCCUCCAAUGCGAUUCCUUGACUGGCGUAUAUGGAUUCAUUUUCUGAUUACGCUGUGCAACAAUGGACCUCAGCGAGCUUUUGAUACCUAUGCGCCCUCCAUCGUGACAAGCUUUGGCUUCACUGGUCUGAGCAGCAACGCGCUGGCCGCCGUCGGCCUGUUCCUGCAGGUGCCCGUCUCUUUUACUUUUAGUUGGUUCUCCGACAAGUUCAAUCGCCGCGGCGAGACCGUCAUGAUUGGCCUUUUUGGUCAUCUGUUGGGCUACAUCCUGAACCGCGCCUUUACGCAAGUCAACUCGCGCGGCGUGCGCUACUUUGGCGUCAUCUGGACGCAAAUGUUUGGCACCUUUUCGCAUCCGCUCAACAUUGCCUGGCUGUCUUUGACGUGCCACGACUCGGAGCAGCGUGCUCUUGCCAUGGCCGGUGUCAUUAUGAAUGCAAACAUUGCGGGCAUCUACGGAGCGCAAAUUUUCCGCAGCGAUGAUAAACCGCUGUAUAGACGAGGCUUUAGUGUUGCCAUUGCCAUCUUGUCGUUUGGCUUCGUCUUGUCCGUUACCAGAUGGCUGGACGAGCGGCUGCGGCUUCGCAGAAAGAGGCAAAGUUUGGCUGCAUAA